AAAAAAAAAAAAAAAUUUUUUUUCUCUCUCCUAUAUAUAAAAUAAUUCAAUAGAACUUAAAAGAUAAAUUAUUUAUACAUAUAAAAGUAUACAUUUAUCUAAAAUACACAUAUAUAUUUUGGCUUUUUGAAAUAAAGAAAUGGAUGUAGAUAUUAAGCUUUCACCAAAACAAAUACACCAAGAAGAAUUUGAAGAAAUUGAUACGACAUUAAACAGACCCAAAAUAGAAUUAAAGGAAAAUGUAUCUUUGUUAGAUCGUGGUAAGAGUAAUAAAAAGCAGUCAAGAACCAAUUCACUUUCACCUUCUACGACUAGCAAAUCAAAUAUGACACGCGAUCAGAUAAAGUAUUGUGGUGCUAUUAUGAGAAAUUUAAAAAAGCAUAGAGAUGCUGCUCCCUUCUUACACCCUGUUGAUUACGUUAAAUUAAAUGUGCCCGAUUAUCCAAAAAUCAUUAAAUACCCCAUGGAUCUAAUGACGGUAGACCAAAAAUUAAUGUCUGCUCAAUACGAUGCUGUAGAAGAAUUCAUUAACGAUAUUCGUUUGAUUUUUAAUAACUGUUAUAAAUUUAAUGGUCCCGAAGCCAUGAUCUCUAUGCUUUGUCAAAAUGUAGAAUCUGCAUUUGAAAAGAGUUUAAGACAGAUGCCACCUUCAAAGGAUUCUGCAACUCCUAGAUCUAUGUCACCCUUUUUUGAUGAUGAUCAUGACAAGAUAAAGAGAAGAAAAAAUAAUAUAAAAACAAACGAAAACAAAUCUUCUUUAUCAACUCAUAUGCUACGUCGUGCCUCUGAAGAGAGUCGACCUAAAAGAGAGGUUCAUCCACCUCCCUCUAAAGAUUAUCCUGAGCCCAUCCUAAAGCGACGUAAUAAUAAUAAUAAUCCUCGAAAGAAUGACUUGCAAAUGAAAUUCUGUGCUCAGACAUUAAAGGAAUUAAAAAAGAACAAAUAUAGAGAUAUCAAUUACCCAUUCUUGGCUCCUGUGGAUGUUGUUGCACUUAACAUUCCUGACUAUGUUGACAUCAUUAAACACCCAAUGGAUUUGUCUACCAUCGAAAGAAAGUUGAAUGAAGGAGAUUAUGAAGACCCUAAACAAUUUGAACAAGAUAUUCGUCUCAUGUUUAACAAUUGUUAUACUUAUAAUCCACCUAAUUUACCUGUUUAUAAAAUGGGUCGUGAAUUAGAAAAGGUAUUUGACGAGAAAUGGACUCAAAGACCUUCAACUCCUGUACCUACACCCAUGACUGAAGAAGCAUUUGAAGAUAUACAAGAAGAAGAGGAAGAAGAAGGAAGAAGAAGAAGAACAGGAGGAGGAGGAGGAGGAGUAGUCGUAGAAGAAGAAGAAGAAGAGGAGGAUGAAGAGAUGGGAGGGGAUUCAGAUUUUGAACGAGAUCAAAAGAUUGCAGAACUAGAACGUCAUAUCGCCACAAUCUCUCAACAGAUUGCAUCUAUAAAGUCACAAAAGAGAAGGAGAUCAGAAAAGACGAUAGGACGUCGUCAGAGUAAGCCAACAUUAAAGGAAAAGAAACCAGUAAAGGAAAGGAAGAGAAGGGUGACAAAGAAGAAAGAAAGACAACAAACAACUAAAUCAGGAGAAGAAUUCCCUGAAUUUACUUUUGAUCAAAAGAAAGAUUUGAGUGAACAAAUAAAUAAUUUGACAGGUGAACGUUUAAGUACGGUUGUGAACAUUAUUCAAAGCUCGAUGCCAAAUUUAAACGGGCAAGGACAAGAUGAAAUUGUAUUAGACAUCGAUUCACUUGAUAGACGUACUCUGCACAGGUUGCAUGAGUUUGUUACUGGUGAAAGUUUGAUUCAUAAAAAUAAGAGAUCUUCACCAACACCAAAGAGACCAAGAACUCAUUACUCAGAAAGAGCAACUGAUCGUAAGAUUCGUCAACUUGAAGAAACCUUACAAAAAUUUAAUUCAGAUAAUGAGGAAUCUUCUAGUGAAAGUGAUUCUGAUAGUUCUUCUGGUUCUGAAUCUGAUGAUUCUGCUAGUGAUUCUGAUUAAAUAUGUAGAUACCUUUUGUUUCAUGUAUACAUAUAUAAAUAAAAAUAGUAUAAC